AUAAGGUUGGGGAACAGCGAGAAAACACUCCUGCCCACAUCAAGAGGCUUCAUCUGAUGCAGCCCAGUAGCCAGAAAACUCAGCGCUGCCUCCCCGCUCCCCGCUGGUAACUUGAGAUAAACCAGAACCAGGCUAACGGCUGGGGCCGAAAUGCCUCCCGCCGUCGGGUCUCCGCCGGAAACCUCCCCGCCUCAGCUGCGCGCACGGGGAGGGGCGGGGGCGAGGCGGCGCGGGCGGCGGAGGAUGCACGCGGGGCUGCUGGGGCUCUCCGCCCUGCUGCAGGCGGCCGAGCAGAGCGCGCGCCUCUGCACCACGACCUACUACUUUACCACAGGACAGCUGCUCUGGGGGUGGCUGGCCCUUGCUGUGCUACUGCCUGGCUGCUUAGUCCAGGGCCUGAGCUAUGUGUGGUUCCUAGCAGACGGACAGCGGGGCCACUGCUGGUUGGUCAUGCUGCACCUCCUACAGCUCGGCGUGUGGAAGCGACACUGGGACGCCAUGGCAACUGUUCUGUGGAAGGAUGGGGUGGCCCGCCACCACGGCCAGCUGCUGCUCCAGGAGGCCGACCUGUCAGCUCUCCGCCUCUUGGAAGCCCUGCUCCAGACUGGACCCCACUUGCUGCUUCAAACUUAUGUUUUCCUCGCCUCGGACUUCACAGAUAUUGUGCCAGGGAUGAGCGCCCUGUGCUCGUGGGCGGCCCUGUCCUGGGCCCUGGUGUGCUAUGCUCGUUUCAUGGGCUCCAUGAAGCCGGGUCACGUCGCCACGCCAUGGGCUGCCCUCUUCUGCCAGCAACUGUGGAGGAUGGGCAUGGUGGGAGCCCGCGUCCUGAGUCUGGCUUUGUUCUUCAGAGCUCACCACGCCUGGGGUUUGGUGGCUGGAGGUGCCCACUGGCUGGUGAUGACAUUCUGGCUCGUGGCCCAGCAGAGUGACAUUGUGGAAAGCACCUGCCCCUGGCGGCUGUUCAACGUGCUGGUGGGCGCCGUGUACAUCCUCUGCUACCUCAACUUCUGGGAUGGCCCUUCCAGAAACAGGAUGGUCACGUUCUAUAUGAUUAUGCUGCUGGAGAACGGCAUCCUGUUGCUCUUGGCCACUGAUUUUCUCCAGGGGACAUCGGUGACCAGCCUGUGGGCCAUCGCAGGAGUCUUGUCUGGGUUUCUGAUUGGCACCAUCUCGCUGGUGAUUUAUUACAGCCUGCUGCAUCCUAAGUCCACAGACAUCUGGCAGGACUUUGUCAGGAAGUCCUGUGGCUUUGCAGGGGGUGACAGGGCAGAGAGAGAAUCUUCUCCCCAGGGCACCGCUCUAGCUGAAGACAGGCCGGAGAGCCCAGUCACAAGUCAAGAGGAAGGUUAUGAGCUAACUAGUCUGGGGGAGCCCGCCAUCUCGCAAUGGGGACCCCCAGAGUCUGGGCUAGAAAGCCAGAUUUCGGGAGGGGACUCUUUCCUCAGUCACCACCACUGGCUGUUGGUGAAACUUGCCCUAAAAACGGGAAAUGUGUCUAAGAUCAACGCAGCCUUUGGAGAAGACCAUCCUGGGUGCUUCUGUGCCCCUGCGUGGGGCUUGAGCCAACACCACAACCAGCAGAGGAAGCCCCCGUUUUCCCAGCAAGCGCUCCCAUCGUCCCCCCAUGGCCCCGUAACCUCAGAGAACGGCUCUGACUUUCGAGGUGUCUCCAAAGCAGAGGCCGACCAGUCGGAAACCUCAAGUUACGUCUCUUUUACCAGCGAUAAUUAUCACAAAGCUCCUGUCCAGCAGCCAGCAGCUCUGCAGCAGGGGGGUGGCCCAGAGGAAGGAGCAGGGGCUGUUUCUAGGGAGCGAGGAAGAGGUGCAGGCGGGCAGCUGAGCGGAGCAGGGGGACAGGAGAGCGCCACGCUGUACUUCAGUGCCACCUCGGACGCGGCCACGCCGGCACACCACGGAGGUGGGCCAGCCCCUGCGCAGACGUGGGGGAGGGGCAGCCCCGCGCAGCCCGCCCCGCCUCCACCGACCGCGAAGCCCUUUCCCGCCACCAUCGCCAACAUUAGCCCCGUCCUGGGCACGGGGCCAGGUAGGCGACUCCGCCCCGGCACAGUCGUCCCCAGCAGAUCUCCGGCUGGCUCGGACGGCGGGGAGCGCACGAGGGACCCCAAUCAUCCUGCCACUGCUGGCCCGUGGAUGUCACUGCCGCGGGUGGGCCCCAGGCCUGCAGAGGAACCCUGCCUCACGUCCACCCCCAAGUCUGAGUCCAUCCACAGGGAUGGCAGCCCGGAGGGAAGGCCAGAGACCGAGGCAAGGGUCACCAUCUGACCACAGCCCCGGUGAGAGAGGACAACAGGCUGGUCACUGGGCGUCUGGGUAGGAGAAAUGCCACUUCUGACGUCCACGCCCUGUGCGUCACACGCCCCCCUGGACCACUCAGGAACGAAGGAAC